AUGAAGAGCCAGCAUCUUUUUCUUCUCCCUCUUAUCUUGCUCUUCUUCCUCUACGCCCAAGUCUCCGCCCAACUCGGUGCUGAUGGCACGGCGAGUGGCACUGUUCUGUUACCUCAUGGCGGAGAGCUCCCACCAAUGUGGGCAUUCAACGGCGCACCGUCGGCGUAUUCGCCAUACGGAUUCUUCGGCUAGACUCCACCAACUGUUCAUUUCUAAUUAUGUAUAGUAAUAUUUUGAAGAUUGAAUCUCUACAUUUUGUUAGCAUUGCAUUAAUGCUACAUCAUUUGGUCGCAAAACUGAAAUAAAAUUUUUAAUAUACAAACAGCUUCUUUUGUAUAUCUAUGGCUUUCAAUUAAUACUAAAAGAAAUAGCCAAAGGCUUUGAUGAAGAGAAAUUAUAUAAAUAUAGCGUUCCUGUGGAUACAUGUAAGCAUAAGUCUUUUAAGAGCCUUUCAUUAAAGCUCCGAUAUGGAGAACUUACUGGUUCGUUCGCAAAAUCGUUGGAGUGACUACUACAACAUGUAUUGUGUAAAAAAAGUCAGGGUCGUGCAGCCCAGGCGACAGUCCAAAAAAUCCUUUUGCAUGGUGCAAAAAGAAAAAAAUGCACAGUGGAAGCAGCACUUCUGUUUCUUAUACUGAAUGUCGCAAAAAUCACUCCAGCGAUUUGGUAAACGGAUUAGUGCGGACUGGACACCGAUUCAACGGUCAUCAUUGGGAUGCCAAUGACUUGUAGCAUCCCAUAGUCAGCCGUAAAGUAUAUUGUGAUUGCCGUUUUUUGGGAUCAAAUAUACGCGGGUUCGUAUUUAAUUUAAAAGAUAGUCCGACUGCGCAAAUAUGACCAUAAAUUGGCAAGUUGACUUGGUGUGUCACUUGUUACUGCUCCACUAGUUUCACAUAGCCAAGCGGAACGUGACUUUUCUCAAAUAAAUCUUCGAAUGUUUUUGAAUUAAAUUCGGGUGGCUACUACUCACAUCAAAGAACCCAGUAAACUCUAAACUAAACAGUUUUUGAUCAUAGAACAAUGACGGAGAUAGUUUACCGUAAAUUGUCAUCGCUUCUCGCUCCUCGUCCCCUUUUCUCUCCGCCCACUUUUCCGUGGAAUUUUGUUGACCAUUCAUCGAUUUGUUGAGUAUAUAAAGAGCUGCUUAUUACAAUGUGUUCAGGCAGUUGGGGGAUGAUUCGUCGAAUGUUCUGGAAGGUCCAGCGUACUGAUUUCUUGAUCUAUGAUUUUUUUGGGGUUUUUUUUGUAUGACCGCUCUCCGAAUUUUGUGUACUCUCUCGUCAGCAAAGAUUUUUGAAUAUCUCCUGUAAAGCGGGGGCUAAAAAUUUUUAGUGAUGUAUAUGUGGGGACGGAAUCUAAAUAAGUAAAAAUUAAAAGUAAAAAACUUUGUAAAACUCCCAUCGUUAUUAAAUCGUAAUCAAAAUAAUAUGUAAUCGCGUUACUUUACGAUCAUUCGGAAUAUUUUACUCAGUUUUUAUUACUGUAUCAAUUACCUGUACAUUUCAGACAGCUACUACUACUUCUGUUUUGCCUAGAAGCCCAUACUACUCCUUACGAGCACUUAAAAUUCCUUUAACUCCAUCAAGCCCUAACAAUAACACAAUGCCCGUCCGACAAAUCCAGCGUCUUCUUUUCUCACUGAUCCUCCUCAUGAUGGCCCUCAGCCAAGUGUCAGCACAAAUAUUGGGAGCUGAUGGAACUGCCAGCGGCACUGUUCUUCUACCUCACGGCGGAGAGCUCCCACCAAUGUCCGCUUUCUACAACAGCUACAACAAUUACCCGUCGCCCUAUGGAUCGUAUGGAUUCUUCGGAUAA